AAAAUAAAAAGAAACAGAAGAAUUAAAGAGGUGCGCCGUCAACAUGUUGUGUGUAUCAUCAUCAGGCGAGGGCCAGGGCGAUUUAACAAGAAAAUAAUGUGUUUUAUACCGUAUUAUGUGUGAUAUUAGAUUAUAAAGGACCAAACAUUUCUACCAUCGAUGUAUUUAUUAGAAUUAAUUGUAAGAUACGAUUUCUGUUAAGAAUAGUUUUGUUUUCGUGUAUUCAAGAACAAAAUGGCGCAUCAAAUGCCCCCGUCGGUGAAUUGUUCUUUGGAUGAAAUUGAUUUGGGCGCUCUCAAAGACCCUGCUGGCAUAUUUGAACUUAUCGAAGUUGUCGGCAAUGGCACUUACGGACAAGUCUACAAGGGAAGACACACAAAGACGGGUCAACUUGCCGCCAUCAAAGUCAUGGACGUGACCGAAGAGGAGGAGGACGAAAUUAAACUGGAAAUUAAUGUUCUCAAGCGAUACUCGAAUCACCGUAAUAUCGCAACCUACUAUGGGGCUUUUAUCAAAAAAUCGCCCCCCGGCAAGGACGACCAGCUGUGGUUAGUAAUGGAGUACUGUGGUGCAGGGUCCGUGACUGAUUUGGUUAAGUCGACUAAAGGACAAUCAUUGAAGGAGGAGUGGAUUGCGUAUAUUUGUAGAGAAAUUUUACGUGGACUUUCCUAUUUACAUUCAAAUAAAGUAAUUCAUCGCGAUAUUAAAGGACAAAAUGUGCUACUAACUGAUAAUGCAGAAGUGAAAUUGGUGGACUUUGGCGUAUCUGCUCAAUUGGAUCGCACAAUAGGCAGACGAAAUACUUUCAUAGGCACUCCUUAUUGGAUGGCGCCCGAAGUAAUUGCCUGCGACGAGAAUCCAGACGCUACCUAUGACAAUAGAAGUGACCUGUGGUCGUUGGGCAUUACAGCCCUCGAAAUGGCGGAAUCUCAACCGCCUCUGUGCGAGCUACAUCCCAUGAGGGCGCUGUUUCUUAUCCCUCGAAAUCCGCCUCCUAGAUUGAAGAGUAAAAAGUGGAACAAGAAAUUUCAUAGUUUUAUCGAAACAGUAUUAGUUAAAGACUAUCACGAACGUCCGUACACGGAACAAUUACUCAAGCAUCCAUUCAUAAGGGACCAACCGACCGAACGACAGGUUCGUAUUCAACUCAAAGAUCACAUCGAUAGGUGUAAGAAGCGUAAACAAGAAAAGGAACGCGAAGAUUAUAGGUACUCGGGUUCUGAAAAUGAGGAGGAGGAGCCGGCACUCGCUGGCGAACCCAGUAGUAUUAUCCAAGCUCCUGGGGGUGAUACACUUAGACGAAAUUUCCAACAGAUUCAAGAAGGACGGACGCUAAAUCAAAAUAUGGAGCCUCCUCCAAGAGGUGGAAAGAAAGAUAAAGAUAGAGAAGAAAUCCCCGAACCCGGACCUCCAGCUCGACCUCCGAUACCUCAGAGAAUUAUUGUAGUUCCCGAUCCACCACCGGCCGCUCCGAGAAGACCUCUACCUCCACCUCCCGAUAAUGCUGUCCCGCGUUCGCAACAGCCUCAGAGGAAUUCACAGUCGCAGCACAUGUUCAAACCCAUGCUGCCUCCUCGUAACCCAGAGGAAUUGGAAGUGUUGGCCGCGCAUCUGAACGAACUCGCCGUACAACCGGAGGCGCCACCAAGAAACAAUCGAACCAAACCUCAGUCGAACAACAUUUCAACACCGGCAUCUAUCACCAACACCCCGAACUCCGCGAAUCACACGCCGGGAUCCGCAAACAACCAGUUCAGCGGUCAAGCAUCUAGUAAUAUUCUAGAUCCUCUGAUCGACAGCGAGAGCGAUUCGGAACCCGAAGAUAACGGUCGCGGACGAAACGACGGUACAUUAUUAGCUAGCGAUCCGCCGAAACCGCUUCCCGAAUUCGCUUACAGACCCGGUUUAGGCGUGGUAGCCGAGGCCACACCUAGCGGUUCUAGUCCGACGGCUACGGGUUCGGGAGGUGCUCCCAAUCGACCGCUACCUCCCACCCCUGAUGACGAUUCGCAAGGUGACAAAACUUUGGUGCUCAGAAGGCAAUCUGCAGCCAGUGUAGCAGAAUCGGCGAGUAUAAACCAAAAUGAAAUUGACGAAGCGACUUUAUUAAAGGAUUGGGAUUUUGCGAGAUUUUUUCCGACUAAAUUUCCCGCAGAGAACGACGGAAAAUCGGAGAGGUCCGACGUUAAGGGAUCUCAUCGUCGCAUCGAUAGCGAUUCGAAAAUUAACCCGUUCUUUCGAGGCUUUCGUAGGGAGAAUUCGGAUUUUUUCCCCAUGAGCUCGCGGCACUCGGCGAUAUUCGUCGAUAGAAGUGCGAAGGCGAGAUCGAGCGGAAUAUUUAAUAACAGGCGCGGAUCGGAUGUCGGGAUCGGUAAAAAAAGUUCGGGCGAACCCGUUCUGACCGAUUUCAUUAAGAGAAACGUGGAUUCGUCUACCAGUAAGAAGGUGUUGUCCAGUGACAAUCUGACCAAUUUGGAUAUUAAGCCGAGGCGCGAGAAAACCGAGUCCGAUAUCGUGCUAAGGCAUUCGGAUGCCAGACAAGGACUGAGGGACAAUUUAGAAGCGCACCGUAAAAACAUUGAGUCGCAGUUUUUAAAAGAGGCCGAUAAUAUUAGGAGACGUAACUCAAGGCCGAUCGAAGUUAAUUUGGUUGGUAUGUCGAAGACGGCUAGUUCUACAGAUGGGGAACAAUAUUUGUAUAUAAAGCAGAACGGAAGGAGUAGUGAACAUGCUCGUCAAAGUAGCGUAUUACCAGAUCUUCUAAGUCAAGCUAGUGGUAGUCCUGGGACCUCGUCGGCCCGUGAUAAAUCUCAAAGUGAAGAGUAUCGUCAAGCGAUAUCGUCUAACGCUACCCCCUCGCCAAAUAAAUCGGGCCAACAUCUUAAUAUACAUGCUCUUGCUUUACAACAGAAACAGCGUUCAUUUCUUACGUUCGGAUUCGGUGCCGGUUCCGGGCAGUCACGUCGAGAGUCUCACGUUAACGUUAACGUAACGCCGACGUCUCACGACGUAUCGUCGGAUACGCCCGAAAUCAGGAAGUAUAAGAAGCGUUUCAAUAGCGAAAUUUUGUGCGCGGCGCUUUGGGGGGUUAAUUUGCUGAUCGGAACCGAGCACGGUUUGAUGCUGCUGGAUAGGAGCGGACAAGGGAAGGUCUACCAGUUGAUCUCACGAAGACGGUUUCAACAGAUGGAAGUUUUGGAGGGUCAAAACAUUUUAGUGACAAUUUCUGGCAAAAAGAAUCGCGUGCGAGUCUACUAUCUUAGUUGGCUGAAGAGCAAAAUUCUUCGAACUGAUGGUCUGAGUGAUCAAGUAGAGCGUAGAAAUGGUUGGAUAAACGUCGGAGAUCUACAGGGGGCAGUGCAUUUUAAAAUUGUAAAAUAUGAAAGAAUAAAGUUCCUCGUUAUAGCCUUAAAAGAUAGUAUCGAGAUAUAUGCGUGGGCUCCGAAACCUUACCAUAAGUUUAUGGCAUUUAAAUCGUUUGCGGAAUUAACGCAUCGACCGUUAUUGGUCGAUUUAACUGUGGAGGAGGGAACACGACUUAAGGUGAUAUAUGGAAGUGCCGAUGGAUUUCAUGCGGUCGACCUAGAUUCUGCCAGCGUUUACGAUAUUUACUUGCCCAAACAUACUCAAGGAGCGAUUACUCCGCAUUGCAUCGUUACUUUACCUAAUAGCAAUGGGAUGCAAUUGUUACUCUGUUACGAUAACGAAGGCGUUUAUGUUAAUACUUAUGGCAGAGUUUCCAAAAAUGUGAUACUUCAGUGGGGCGAAAUGCCGACCUCGGUCGCCUACAUCGGCACGGGACAGAUAAUGGGUUGGGGUAAUAAAGCUAUAGAGAUUCGCUCGGUGGAAUCGGGACACUUAGACGGCGUUUUUAUGCACAAAAAAGCUCAACGACUGAAGUUUUUGUGUGAACGUAACGAUAAGGUCUUUUUUUCUAGCGCUAAAAGUGGAUCGUCUUGUCAAAUAUAUUUUAUGACCUUAAAUAAACCAGGAAUGGCGAACUGGUAACAUGACUAUAUUCUGUUUAAGAAAUAAUGAAAUUGUUAGAUAGGGAUUUGUUAUAUUGGUUAUAGUGUCAAUAUUAUUAUUAUUAUUACAUGUUUUAAAAAUUUGUAACAAGAUUACGAGAGCGAAAGGAAAACCUGAAUUUAAUGGUGCAGAGGAGAGGCAUUUAUGUAUUAGUUACGUAUGGGAAAUUAUCAUCGGUACAAUAUUGUAAUUAGGUUAAUCUCUCGUUUCAGAAGAAAUCAAAUAAAGUUCAAAAUAGCAAUAAUAAUGGUACAAUGAAUGUGAACGCUAUUUUGAUACAUUCUCAAAAGCUAUAUUUAAAAUGAAACAAAUGAAUGGUGGGUGAAAGUUUACUAUUCGCGAUUGGUGUGCAACAUAAAACACAUCACUUUUUUACUCUUUAGCACUGUCCAGUUGUGAUAGACGCCAUUUUUCGAACGUAAACUUUGACCACCGCUAUUGAUUUUCAUAACCUUUAGCAGCAUUUAUUACUUAUAUUGUUAUCAAUAGUUUAUGGUGCCAACCAGGGAGAUGAGUAGUGAAAAUGUGAAAAAUGCUCAGUAUGUGUAGAGUUGCAAAAAAUAUUGUAUAGUAAAGUAAUACUAACACACGACUUUAACACUCGAUAGGGUCAUUUGUGCGAAAGAUGUUUGUGUAUAUACAAUUUUAGUUUUUUUGUACGCAAAUGUUUAACAAUUACACUAUUGCCUAUUAUUGUGUUUGCGUACAAAAAUAAUACUGAAUAUACAUUGUCAUAGCCUGUACUAUUUGUAAUCUGUUUUUUCAAAAUUUGCACAGGAAGAACAAAUUUUAUACAAAAAAUUGCCACUUGCCAUGUAUAUGUUGUCGGUACUGAUUUAAUUUUUUGUGGUUUUUGGUGCUUUUAUAUUAAUUCCAUAUUUUGUAUCCAGUGACAGUGCAUAAUUUAUGCUUUAUUGUGCGUCAUAAUUUAUUAUACAGCGUUUAUGCAAGCAUGCGAUGCCUUUUUUUAAAAUAAAUUUAGGUUGCUCUGUC